UGUGCUUCAGUUGUAGACCAGUCGUGAUCUCAUUUGGACGUGUGUUCCUUGUUAAAAAUUUUUGCGUCUUUUGUGGACAGAGAAUUCAAGAUACAAAAAAAGCCUAAUUUGAGAAAAAUAAAAACAAAACUCUUGUCGUGUUUAUGUUCCACAAAGAAAAAACAAAAAAAUUAAGAAAGAUUUUCAACUGCUUACACGUCUUGAGAUACGAUCAAGAGCCGAGUGUGAAAAAAUGUGCCAGUGAAACAAACCUCCUCCUAGAUGCACCAAGGAUACAAGGAUAAUCCUUUAUAGAUAAAAGAUACAGUGAAGUGACACAAUCAGAGAUUCUUCCAACAUAUCAUUUGUUCCAAAUGAAUAUUCCGAUUUAAACUCACAUAAAAAUCCUUCAAAAAAUUCCUUGACCAUUUCGUGUGUGUGUGUGUGUUAAAAUUAUUGUGAUUUUUGUUUUGGUUAUUUUUAUUUAAUUGAAAAAUUCAACCCUAUAUGAUAAAAUUAUCAGGAAUGACUGUGACUGGUGUACGUACAACAAUGACGAGCCCGACGGUUCCCCCAACAUCGCACCAUCAGCAAAUGCACAAGUCUAGCUCGAGAUUGAGUAACUUUAGCGUGGCAUCUCUGCUGGCCGACACCAGGCCACGGAGUCCCACAGAACCCAUUGACAUGAUGCUGCCUACAAAUCUUUCCUCCUCAACCGCUGUUACCACUGCAACAACAACCUCGCCACAUUCGGCCGCCUCGACGACGUCAAUAUCACCGCCUGCGUCACAUCAUCCGCCAAUGCUGCUGCAUCCGCAUCACUUGCAACACAUUGCCGCCAUGCACCAACAGCACCUCCAAAAUUGCAAUAACAACAACAACAAUAACUCAUCAUCAAAUCACCUGCCCAACAUCAACAUCAAUAUCAACCACAAUCAUCAUAACCACAACAAUAAUUCAGCCUCAUCGCCCGUGUCAUCGUUGCAUCACCAUCAGGAGAGCAAUCACAGCAGUCUGACGACGACGACGACGAUAAUGACGAAAAACGAACGUCAUACGCCCCACAGUUCCGCCGAAUCGGAAGUGGACUAUGAUUCGAAUCAGGAGGAAGAAGACAUUGAUAUCGAGGACAUGAAUAACGACAGCCGAUCAACGCCGGGCCUCGACAGCAGUAAAUCCCCCGAAAUGCCCAAUUCUAUGCAAUCGUCCCCGCAUAUUCUGUCACCAUCGGCGGCGGCAUUAGCGGCGGGACAUGUUCCAAUUCGGCCGACACCGACAUUCAGUGCGCUGGCGGCAGCUUGGGGUGGUAUUGUUGGUGGAGUUCCAUGGCCGGGUGCGAGACAAAUGCCACCAUUUGGACCGCCUGGAUUAUUUCCGGGACAAAGUUUUGGACCUGGUGGAGAAAACAAUGAACCACCAAGAAUUAAAUGCAAUCUACGCAAGCACAAACCAAAUCGUAAACCCCGAACACCAUUCACCACCCAACAAUUGCUAUCGUUGGAAAAGAAGUUCCGUGAAAAACAAUAUCUUAGCAUUGCUGAACGUGCUGAAUUCUCCUCAUCAUUAAGGCUGACCGAAACCCAAGUGAAAAUCUGGUUCCAAAAUCGACGUGCCAAGGCGAAACGUCUGCAAGAAGCUGAAAUUGAAAAAAUCAAAAUGGCCGCAUUGGGACGUGGUGCACCUGGAGCUCAACUUUAUAUGGGUUAUUUUCAUCCAAAUUUGAUGCAUUUAGGAUAGAGCAAUAAUAAUAAUAAUAAUAAUAAUUAUCAUCAACAUCAUCAUAAUCAUCAUCCAAAAUUAUUACCCCUCAACCCCAAAAUUGCUGUGAUGCUAGAGCAUUUUGUAAAUAAAAAAGAUUAAAAUUAAAAAAAAAAAACAAUUGAAAACAUUAAUUUUAAGUUACACACAAAUGUCCAGUUAAAUUAAAAAAUUAAAAUUAAUAAUUAUAUAUAGAAGAGAAAAACUAAAGAAAAUAAUGUAUGUAGUAUUAUUAAAUGAAAAUAACUAAACAAAUAUAUAUUUCCUCCUCGAUUGCUACAACCUUAAAGCAAUUAAAGUCAAAAACUAGUAAAAAUUAAAAAAAAAAAAACAAAA